AUGAUGCUUCCAGUGGUUCCUCUCCCUGUCCUCAUUGUCCUGCUGGCGGCGGCACACAGAGCGGGUGGAGCGGAAACAACCCCGCUGGACCGCUGGGUCCAGUCAGGGCUCCAGUCUCUCCAGUGGGAGCAGCUGGACCAGUGUCUCCGCAUGUCCUUGCUCUCCAGGACUGAGUGCCGACGCCUCACACGCUUUCAGCUUUCAACCAUAGCCAUCUACAUGUCAGAGCCACACUCAGCCGCAGAUGAUGCAGAUAAAGUUGUGGCCAUUCUGCCUGAGUCCUCUUACCGCUCAGGAGGGCUCAUCAGCUCCAAACAGCACGCAUGCUUCCGAACGAGCCCUCUGGAGAACGGGCUGCGGGGCUCUCACAGACGGCAGCACAGUACCAGCAGCACAGUCACGCCCCAUGAUGCUGUCCUGGUUAUGGACCCACAUCCUGGGGAAAACUUUGGACACUCGGUGGCCAUGUUUUAUGUGGACGUGAACGUUACAAAGAAGAGAUGCUCCCAUGUCAAUGGUGUUUACCUGGGUGACGCGUGUUUGACUCCCGCCCUGAAGGAUCACUGUCAGAACCAGCUGAAGCGUUGGCAGAUUGAGCCGGAGAGGUUCACUGGUACCAGACCGGAAAACAGUGAUGGUACCAUUAAUAAUCCCGUCAGCGGGGGUCGGGGCCUGAUGGAGCGGGCCCUUGGACGGUUCUGUGAAGUCCAGUUCCUUCCACUAGUGGUUACAGUGAGAGACAGCAGGCGAACACAGAGGCUCCGGUGUGUGGACCAUGCAACGUUUGCAAAGUGCCCCGUUUCACUCCCUGGGGGUUCUCCCAGUUUUCCCGUCUCCAGCUGCGAGCUGAAUAAAAACACCCAACGAUGUCACCGGCAUCCUGUGGUAACUCACCUCUCCUGCCGGCUCUACCAGACAUGUGACCACGCUGUUCUUAUCUCAGGUGGAUGGCAGCAGCAGAUAAUAUUCCAGCGUCAUGUGCAGAAUCUGUUAAAGUUCUACAGAAUGCUUCAGAAUAACGGUUUCCACAAAAGUCAUAUCCAGACUUUCUUCAGCAGUAAUGGAUUAUUUCCUGAGGAACUGGAGGGCUUGUACCCAGCAACAGAGAAAACCCUGAUUCGUAAUCACGUGUCGCACAUCUGCAGGAAGCAGCACUGCGCCGACUCCUUGGUCCUCUACCUGAACUCACCGACACUCAGCGACGGCACCAUGCUUCUCUGGGACGCCAACCUCAAUGGCAUAGCUGAUCUGAAGGAGAGAUACUCCGUCACCGAGCUUCUGGCAGACCUCGCUGGUUGUACAGCAACUCGGGUUUUGGUGUUUGUGGAUCAGAGUUAUAACGGUGUUUUAUCCAAGAGGCUACAUGGAUCUGAAAAACACCUCAAUGUGGUCCUGAUUCCAACUCACACACACCACAACCAUCAGAACCAGAAUAUGGCACAGGAGCACAGCAGCUGGUACUUCAUCAGACCUGAAACCUGCCUGCUGGAGCACCUAGUCAAGGAUCUGGGGACAUCUCACUUCCAGCAGCCGUGGACUGGUCUAUUGAACGCAACACUGGCUGGUGCCCCCUGCAAAAGCACGCCUCCUCUUACAGAUGGUGAGAUGAAGCACCGGUACCAGGGCUGCCAGAACCUGCCAACUGUCGUCUGGCACCAGAAACUCAGGAAAACUGAUUGA